GGAGUUCCAGGCCAAAGUUCUCGAUUUUGGCCUGAUAUGCUCACCUUGGCUCCACAUCAAAGGUGUCCGAUACCACCUCGAAAGCUGCAAGAGUCAGUUCCCAGCCGAAGCCGAAUUCAUCGAGGAGAUAUCGACAAACCUGUACAUGGACGACGUCUGUAUACAAGCAGACUCGGUAGCCGACGCGGAGCACAAAAUUAAUCUCUUAUUCGAAAUAUUCCAGCAAGCCCACUUCCCGCUCCGCAAAUGGGGCACGGCGAAUGAAGAGGUGGCUCACAGCAUCCUCCGGCUAUCCCCACUGGACAAAACAUCUGUCACAGUCGGAGACGAAGAGGCGAAGUUCCUUGGAGUCCAGUGGCAUCAACCAACGGACAGCCUCGGAGUCUUCACGCGGAAGGCCGUAUCGGAGCUUUCAAGCGGAACUCCUUCGAAAAGAAAGCUCCUCAAGGGACUCGCUCAGAUCUACGACCCGCUGGGUAUUCUGACCCCGGUCACCGUCAGGGCGAAAACGCUCUUCCAGUCACUCUGGAAGCUCAAAAUCGAUUGGGACGAUCCGUUACCGACGGAAAUCAUCGAAUCGUAUCGAAACUUCGUCACCAUGCUCCGGCAGAGCACCGACAUAAGAAUCGAGCGAGCGCUCAGCGCACGUUUCUCUACCGCGAGGUUCGAACUACAUUCAUUCUGUGACGCGUCGCUCGAAGCCUACGGCGCGGCAAUAUACCUUAGAACUGUCGAUAAGGGUUUCGCCCAAGCCAGGCUAGUUGUCGCGAAGGCCCGAGUAGCACCAACGAAACAGAAGUGGUCGAUCCAUCGUUACGAGCUGAUGGGAGCUCUCAUGGCAGCUCGAAUUACGUCGAACAUCCGAGAAUACUUGAAGCUCAAGGUGGCCAAGGAAUACUUCUGGAUCGAUAACAUGGCAUGCGUCUCCUGGAUCCACAGUCCUCCGGAGAAGUGGCGACCAUUCGUGGCGAACAGAGUUCGCGAGAUCACGAAACUGACGGAUCCGAGCGCAUGGCGGUACAUCAGGUCGGAAGAGAAUCCAGCGGAUAUUUUGUCGAGGGGCACAGACAUCGCGAAUCCACAGAGCCGUUACCGAUGGCUCUCCGGACCGAUGUGGCUCAGCGAUCCUACCUGGAAGCCACCACCAAAUCAAAUCGACAUAGAAGAGACAGCGGAAGAACGGAAAGCGACACCCUCUCAGUGUUUACACACAGUUCGCUACGACGAGAAUGACGUUAUCGACGAUCUUCUCAAUCCAGCCCGCUUUUCUUCUUGGUUCAAGCUGAUCAGAGCACAGGCUUUCUGCAACCGGCUCAAAGCAUUCGCUCAGUCGAUCAAAUCGAGACAACGUCGCUCCCACUCGAGCAGCGAAACACGAUCGCUCCAGCUCGACACAGCGGAAUGCACUCAAGCCGAGAAAGACCUCGUAAGACGGAUCCAGAAAAGAUACUUCCGAGAGGAAAUCUCACAAAGGUGCGAAGAUCUCCCGAAAUCCAGCGGGCUCGCACAAUUCCACCCGUUCAUUGAUUCGGACGGAUUGAUGAGGUGCAGAUCACAGAGUGCUGGCGAUUGGGGGGGAGUCGCAGCUACGCUCCAGAAGCUCCGAGAGCGAUUCUUCAUCCUGAAAGCAAGGAAGGUCGCCUACGAUGCUUUGAGACAUUGCCCAGGCUGCAAACGCUUCAAUGCGAAUCCAGCAACAGAACCGACUCCGGCGUUACCGACGUUCCGGGUCGAGAUCACUCCACCGUUCCUCUUCACAGGGGUGGAUUUCGCCGGACCCAUCUACUACAAGAAAGAGAAUGGAAGGAAAGCUAAGUCAUACAUCCUUCUGUUCACAUGUGCAGUGUCGCGAGCGAUCCACCUGGAACUCACGAUGGACCUGUCGACGUACGAGGUCCUCCGAGCGCUGUCUCCGUAA